AUGACGAAGCACAAAAGUUACAACAGUAUGGACGAGUUAAAACCUCUUCAAAGUCCAUCGUCUACCGUAGAGUCCAAAAGUUUACGUCGCAAUGUACUUACUAAUAGUGCCAAAGGAGCUCAACAUAAGCUGCAAUUGGCUUGUAUCUGCUCGCUUCUUUUCAUGUGUGCAGAAAUCGUCGGCGGUUUCUUAGCCGGUAGUUUAGCGAUCAUGACAGAUGCUGCCCAUUUGUUAUCCGACGUGGCGGGUUUUUGCAUUUCACUUUUUGCCAUUUGGGUGAGCACGUUACCGGCAUCAAAGCGUUUGAGUUUUGGCUUUCAACGUGCUGAAGUGAUUGGUGCCGUUACAAGUGUCUUAGUCAUUUGGGUACUUACGGGAGUGUUGGUUUAUGCUGCAGUGGAGAGAUUUAUGGAGUGUCUAAGACCUCAUCCAAAGGAACAUGUGAAUGGUAAACUCAUGUUUAUUGUGGCUUGCAUUGGUCUCGUCGUGAACCUGAUUCUGAUGCAGAUUUUGGGACACGGACACAGUCACAGUCACGGUGGUCAUGGUCACAGUCACGAUGGUGAAAUUCAUGGACAUGGUCAUGGAAAUACCAGUAGCAGCUCAAGUAGCAGUGAGGAGAGACAUGGUCACUCUCAUGGUCACUCUCAUGGUGGACAUGUAAAUGAAGAUUUGGAGAAUGGUCAAGUCUCCUUGUCAUCUGAAAAGAAAUUAGAGAAUUUGAACAUUCAAGCGGCCUACAUUCACGCACUCGGUGACUUCAUUCAGAGCAUUGGUGUGUGUAUUGCCGGAGGACUCAUCUGGUACAAACCAGAGUGGCAGAUUGCAGACCCUAUUGCCACCUUUGUCUUCUCUCUGUUGGUUCUUGGCACGACGGUCGGCAUUGUCCGCGAUAGUGUUCACGUGCUGAUGGAGGGCACACCUGAUGGCAUUCACGCUGACGAAAUUGAGCGUGGUCUGCGUCACUGCUCGUCUGUUGUGGCUGUGCACGAUCUGCACAUCUGGUCGUUAAGUGCAGGUUUGCCGUCGCUUAGCGUGCACCUGGUGUCGGAUGAUGCGGAGACUGCACUGCACGCUGCUCAGCGCUACCUCCUUUCCAAGGGCAUCACCCAUACUACCAUUCAGAUUGAAAAAACUUCAACGCUGUACCCCCGCAACUGCAAUUCUGACCUAAAGUGUGGUCAGGACUCUCCACACUAG